UUACCAAAGAAUCAUUUAAACAACCUCGACCAAGAUUAUACUUGCGAUACUGAAAAUAUUAAUGCUUAUGAUGACAAAUAUGAUGACUCUUUUACUGAAUCCGCAAAAUAUGCUCAGAGUGAUGAAUAUAAAG